AUGGCAUCCGGCGCGACAAUGAUGCGCGGCGUUAUAUACGAGGCACCCUACCAAGUCACGGUCACCGACCUGCCAAUUCCAACACUUGAGGCCAGAACAGAUGCGAUUGUCCGCAUGACCCACGCUGCCAUCUGUGGAUCAGACCUGCAUACGUACCAUGGCCUCCAGGGCGUCACCGCGCCCUGGGGCUUAGGCCAUGAGGGCAUAGGUUACAUUGCGGAGCUUGGAGACGCCGUGUCCUCGCUGUCCGUGGGUGACUAUGUCGUCAUCCCCGACAACCUGUCCAACGGACAUCUAAACAUGGAGGAGCCUGCACCCUCAGAGAUGGUGGGCUUCGGCGGAGUAGGUGGUGGGUUGGGCGGCCUGCAGGCCGAGUACGCCCGCGUUCCGCAUGCCGACCAGAAUCUCAUCCCCGUCCCCCUAACGCGCAACGCCACCAACGCCACCCUCGAGCAAUCGUAUGUAACCACCUCCGACAUCUUCGCCACCGCCUGGACGGGUCUCGACUUUGCCGGAUUUCAACCUGGUGAUAGUAUCGCAAUCUUUGGUGCUGGUCCUGUCGGCCUUCUCGCCGCCUACUCGGCCAUUCUUCGUGGUGCCUCCCACGUCUACUCUAUCGACCACGUGCCAGCGCGUCUCGAGCGUGCCGCCUCAAUUGGUGCUAUUCCAAUCAACUUCAACGAGUCUGAUCCGGUGGCGCAGAUUCUAGAGUACGAGCCGGCUGGGGUGCGUCGAGCUCUCGAUUGUGUGGGAUACUCGGCCAUCAAUGCGGCGGGCGAAAACGAGCCGGACAUCGUGAUCCGACAGAUGAUCGCGGUUACAGGAUCGCGUGGUGGUAUCGGCCAGGUCGGCGUGUUCAUGGUACAGAACGAAACGGAGGCUGCGCCCUUCGCCGGCACCAUCAGUCCGCAGAUCUCAUUUCCCGUGUCUGAUUUCUGGACGAAGGCGCUGAGCUUUCAGAGUGGCGCCGUGCGUCCGCUAGAGGUGGCACCGGAACUGGUAGAGCUGAUUUCCAGCGGGAGGGCUGAUCCGAGCUUUAUUACUACCGCGGUCAUCGGAAUUGAGCAAGUGCCAGAAUACUAUCAGCGGUUCGAUCAGCAUGAGGAAAUCAAGGUUUACAUCCAGUUUCCCUGA